CAACAAGUGUCAGUAGAAUCUUAACGAACCGAUCGCUCGGCAGUUGACUUUCCCCAUCUCUGCCUUUGGAUAAAAACGUUUGCGAAGACGCGGGAAUUUGAACAAAGCGUCGAAGUUCGUCGGUACUUCUCUUCUCCACGUCAUGUACGUGAGGGCGAUGCACUUGAGAAUGUUGUACCACGCCCUCCUGCCCCUGGUGACCGCCAUCAGCGCCAACCAGAACUGGCCCAUCCGCCGCAUGAGCAACGUCACCGGCGACAUCAUGCUGGGGGCCCUCUUCCCCAUACACGAGAGAGACAACAAGUACGAGUGCGGACGACUGCAGGACGAAGGCAUCCAUCAGCUGGAGGCCCUCCUCUUCACCAUCAAGAAGAUCAACGCCGACCCGAACCUGCUCCCGGGCAUCCGGCUGGGCGUGCUGGCGCUCGACAGCUGCGACUCGGCCACCUACGCCCUAGAACAGAGCCUGGACUUCAUCAAGGGCUUCAUUGCUCGCAACAAUGCGCACCACGAACGCCAGUUCCGCUGUUCGGACGGCACAGUUCCCACCUUCCGGGACGGAUCUUUCGAUAGGGUGAUGGGGGUAAUCGGUGGACAAUCCUCUUCUGUCUCCAUACAGCUCGCCAACCUGCUCAGACUCUUCAGGGUUCCACAGGUGAGCUAUCAGUCCACCAGCCCAACGCUCAGCAACAAAGAGAAGUACGAGUAUUUCUUCAGAACUGUUCCUUCAGAUGUGAACCAGGCAAAAGCGAUUGUGGAAAUACUCAAGGCUUUCCACUGGACGUACGUGUCGGUGGUAUACUCAGACACCGAUUACGGCAACAAGGGCUACGAGAAGUUGCAGGAGCUCGCUCCCAGGGAGAUCUGCUUCUCCAACCCGCAGAGCAUUAAUGUCGACCACUUCACCGACACCGACUACGACACCGUCAUACAGAACCUCAUGCACAAGACCAAUGCCAGAGUGGUCGUCGUGUUCUCUGAUAAACAAGUGGCUAAGAACGUGAUGGCGGCUGCAGCCCGUCGUCGGGCCAUCAACCGCUUCGUGUGGAUCGGCAGCGAAGCUUGGGGUGGAAGAAAGUAUGUGGUGGAGGGACACGAAGAGGUCGUGGAGGGAGCCAUCACUAUCUCGCCUCUUCUCAAGCCUCUGGCAGGAUUCGACGAGUACUUCAAAUCGCUCACACCCGAGAAUAAUGCCGAGAGCAACCCGUGGUUUCCUGAAUAUUGGGAGGAGCACUUCAGCUGCAAGUUGCAGGACUUUUACGUGACUCCGUACAACCAAAAAUUCCACAAGUGGUGCCAGGAAAUGACUGACCCCAAGAUCUCGGAGUCGAACGGCUACCGCCAGAUGCCCGCUUUGCAUUUCGUGCGGGAUGCUGCCUACGCUUUCGCACACGCCCUCUCCAAUGUCCACAAGGCUCUGUGCGGGGGGAAGCCAGGGCUCUGUGAAGCGAUGGCCUCGAUGGACGGACGGAUACUCAAAGAGGCCAUGGAAAAGGUACACUUCAAAGAUGAAAGUGAGAAGACGUUCCGCUUCCUACCGAGCGGUGACGCACCCCCCAGAUACAGCAUUAUCAAUUUCCAGAAGAAGAGUGAUUCCAACGAAUACGUUUGGAGACCUGUUGGAACGUACGCAUUGGCCGAGAUGGGACUUCCUCACCUGGAUCUGGACAAGAACGCCCUCCGUUUCAAACAUCUCGAAAUGGAAUUCCCUCGUUCCUUCUGUAGUGCUCCUUGUCACCUCGGCCAGGCGAAGUUGCAACUCGAAGGAGAUACAUGUUGCUGGCUGUGCACUAACUGCUCAGCAUAUCAGUACCUUCCAGACCCGUUUCACUGCGAGGACUGUCCGCUCGGUACCUUACCCGCCCUUCCCCAUAAGACUCGCUGCGAUCCCAUUCCAGAGGCCUACCUCAGUUACAGCAGCCCCUGGGCUCUGGGCACCAUGACCUUCGCGGGCAUGGGCAUCUUGACCACGAUUGGGGUAGCCGUACAGUUCUGGAAAUUCCGGAACACCCCCGUGAUUAAAGCUUCUGGCAGAGAGCUCAGUGGGCUGCUGCUCUUAGGUAUCUUCCUGUCGUUCAGUAUGACUUUUGUGAUCGUAGCCAAACCCGCGCCGUGCACUUGCGGCAUCACUCGCUUCUUUCUGGGGUUCUGUUACACGCUGUGCUACGCCGCCAUCGUCACCAAAACGAACCGCAUCGCUCGCAUCUUCAACCACCGUCGACAAAAGCCCUGUCAGAAGCCUCGCUAUACCAGCCCCAAAUCCCAGCUGAUCAUCACAGCCCUCCUCGUCUCCAUAGAAGGUAUUAUCAACACAACGUGGCUGCUGUACGACCGUCCCGCAGUGACGUACAUGUACCCCACAAGAGAAGAGAACGUGCUCAUCUGUCUGGGUUCGGACACUGCCUCGUACCUGGUAGGGCUCAUCUACCCUUUCGUCCUCAUCGGCUUCUGCACAGUGUACGCCUUCAAGACGCGGAAAUGCCCGGAUGGAUUCAAUGAGGCUAGGUACCUGACUUUUACCAACUACACGACGUGCGUCAUCUGGCUGGCCUUCCUCCCUCUCUUUGUGCUGAGCACCAGCAACACCAUUCGCUCCGUCACCCUCAGUUCGCUGCUGAGCCUGAGUGGCGCCGUGCAGCUCGCCUGCCUCUUCAUGCCUAAGGUGUACAUUGCCGUCUUCAAGCCGGAGAAAAACACGAAGGAUGCCGUCAUGUGCCCUCACAACAGAAACUCUUCUUGCUUGGCGCUGCCCGCGGCGGGCCUCUAUCAGGCGCCACCCUCCAACCUGCUCAAUGGAGGUUGCAAGGACAACUAUAGAAACAGCAUGUGCUCCUCGGCUUCUCCCUCUUCCUUGCGCAACACCAAGUUUCCCAGCAAUAAGCACAACUCAGACCAUAAUGUGUGCUACUCACAAGGCCCCGAACACCACUCCAAAAACUCGUGCCCGGCGAGGCCAGAAAAUAUCACGAUGAACGAAACUCCGUUGGCUCCCAACUGCAAGCACCAAGCAUACCCCAAUCUGGACCAGCACAUGACCUUGUGACAGUCAUCCGCCUAAAGUGUGUGUCCGGGCCGCGAAGGAUGCCCUAAAGGAUCGGCCGAACUUCAGGGAUGAAUUACCUUCCCAUUUCUUAGUAUUCAGAUUUUUUAUGAUCUCAAGUCGUCUGGUGAAAGAAGCUGUGCCAUAUUCCAAGCAGUACGAAGUCGCUGUAUUUACAUUUAUACUGAAUGUGAACUGAAAAUUCUUCAUAAAAACAACCGCCAAAUGACGAAGUCUAUGUUGCUGCAUUUAACCGACUCAAGAAGAAGUGGGGAAUAUAAUGGUUCUACUAUAGUUAGGACUUCAUGUAAUAUACAUCUUGUUUAGUUUUUGUGUCAUUAAGGAUUGAUUUUAAAUGCCCCAUAUUAAUUUUGACCCACUUCCCUGAGCCAUGUUACUACUAAAACUACUGAUAGAAUUCUGUGAGAAAUGAACGAUAAAAGACUUAGCUAACUAUAAAAUAUUUAACGCCAAAAGACUUUAGAAGUUAGUAAACUUCUACAGUCUUAGUUUUAUUUACUUCGAUAGUUAGUAAACAAUACAAGUUCAUUAGAUUUUCAUUAUCAAUUCCGUUUUCCAAUAUUUACAUUUAUUAUAUUGACUGAAGGAAGAAAAAACUCAAAGCUAUUCGAUUAAUUAGUGUUGGGAUAAGGUACUUUAUAAGUACUGUCUUUCUCAUUGGAACUAUAAGCCUGAAUAUACUGAAGUCGCAAAAUUUAGAAAUAUCUGACUUCUAAUGACGGUAUGACGGUGAUGCUGCUCUUAUGACAAAACAUGAGUUUCAAAUCAUUCUGCUGUUCAUCAGCUAUUAUCGUAAUUCUUCAGAUAAUCCGUCUUCAUCUUGAGGUCACUUUUAAGGUAAAACAAGAUCUUCAAUUGAAGAAAACACAUAAAAACGCGCAAGCUAAAAAUGCUCAAACUGUCUUACUACUGAUGCCUCACAUCAUCUAGCAUGUGCAGGAUUAUUCAGAAUAGCUGUUUGAAAUGUAUUGGAAAUACUUUUAGCACAAGAUGCUCUACAAUGUUACACAGCAUUCCAGAUACUACACCAAAUCAUAAACUAUCCUACAUAUUUUGUGCUAACUGGAAAGUCAGGCUUAUCUGUUUGUGCAGGAAACUUAUAACAAUAGAAACGUUGCGCCGAUAGAAAGAAGAACCGUUGUGAUAGCGAAGUAGUGAAAAGAGAACACUUUGUUCUCCUCAGAGGAAAUUCUUAAAACACUUUUCCCUAGGAUUUCUGAUAGGUUUUCCCUCCAUUCGUAUUAUCAGUAGGUAGAAACCAAACCAUGAAUUACCUCAAUGCAGUCAAAAUGGAAUCGUGCAGUAGCACUUUCUUAUUUGCUCGUGGGUUUUCAAAUACGCAUGUUUAUAUAACAACUAAAUUGGAAAAGCAAUUUGCACUGUAUCCUAUUAUUUCAAUAUCAUAAUACAUUCGCAAAACAUCACAUCCCCUGCAAUACGAAAUAUGUGUCAUAUAUGUGGCUUUACAAAUUAAAUUGCAUAAAAAGGAUACAUUGAAAAAAAAUUGUUUCUAAAAAAGAUAUUUAUUAUAUAAUCUAAAACUAAAAGGGACAUGAAAUGGAAGAAGUGAAAAAUUUUACACAAAUGCUAUUAUUCAAAAGAAAUGCAUUUACAACGUAUCUGUGAAUAUGCGGGUUUAACCCUAUGAGCCCUGACUGCCCGAUAUCAACCCGCUCGACAGGGGCCUGGCUCAGGUGCUUUGGGGCGGUUAAAUGAAUUCAAAUGAAUUUAAAUGAGCACUCGUCUAGAAACACCUUUCACCCCUUAAACUUUUAACCGACUCAAAAUGCCCGAGUCAGUCCCCUGUUGAACGGGGCGUUAUCGGGCGGUCAGGGCUCAUAGGGUUAAUCUGAUGUAUGUUUAGCAAUCUGUGGAAAAAAGUGUUGACCUAUUUAUAUUCCAUGAAUGUGUACUGAUGACGAGUAGUAAAUCUAGUCUUAUGCAUGUGAUUUGUGCAAUCUGUGUAAA